AUGGCUGCUGUCGAGCUCGCCGGACGUAUACGUUCGGAUGGCGGUGAAUGCCGAGAUGGAGCGGCCGUUGAGCUCAGCUCUCUCUCUCGUUUUGAAAAAGAUGAUGAUGGGCGGUGUCUUGGCGAUGAUUAUGAAGAUAUUAUUGAUUAUUUUGAAGAAACAUAUAUUGGACGACUUCGACCGAAUCAAACAAGACGGCAGCCCAAGUUUGGUAUUGAUUUUUGGAAUAUGUACCAUCGGACAACGGAGGCGGUCAUGAGAACAAACAACGUUGCGGAAGCUUAUCAUCGUCGAAUCGGCUCGGUUUUUCAGUAUUCGCAUCCAACACUUUGGUGCUUCCUAGAGAAGCUAAUUGAAGAAGAAAAUGCGACACAUAUGGACAUUUUACACAUUAAUGCUGAUCAAGCACCCAAAUUGAAAAGUAAAAGAAACGAACGUUUUGAAAAACGUUUGUUAAAUAUUAUCUCUAAUCCGCAUGCAUAUGUUUUAAAACAACUUGAUUCUAUCGCUAGUAAUAUAUCAUUGUAA